UUAAACACUAUUUUUAAGAGAAAGCACUUGUUCUUUUAGCUUUGCAAAGGACUUUAGCUAUUCCAAAGAGCUUUCUUCUUUGAAAGAAUGCAUCAGAGUUACUUCAAAAUGUCUGAAGCUUUAAGAUGAUGGUAUCAGAGUAGCAUACGAAGCAUCAAUAUUCACUUCCAUCGAUCAGAUAACAAAAAUCCAAGUCUUAACUUGUCCUAACUAGGUUUAUUAGCCCUCAGUUUCUUUAUCAAGAUUUCCUCCAUUCAGAAAAUUCUUAAGAGAAAAUAUAAACCCAGUAAUUUAAUAUUGACAGAAUUUAUGAAAUAAGAGCGCGGUGGGAAACCAGCUGACACUCCAAAAAGAUUUUGCUUAAAAGCCUCUUAAGCAGGUGGAAGCUAUUGCUGUAGACUCAGACAUCAGAGAAACUCUCUUUGGCACUAUCUCCCGACUCUGAGGCUAACUUCUCACAGGAAAACAGUGUACUUGUAGUUUGGUUUUCUGAUGUUCGUUCUGAGGUUCUGAUGUUCUACAAAUUUAUGUACUAUGGGUAACCACCCACUCCAUCCACGGUGACUCAAAUGUUAUGGAUAUGCAUCAAAUCUAAUAAAAGCUGCCAUAUUCAGGCUUAGUGGCUCUAUUUCUGUAGUUUGGCUGCAACUGAUAUGCUGAAAUUCAGUCAGGGUAAUCGAUGAAAUAUGUGUUAUGAAAACCCGAUUAAAGCAUACUAGUAAUCUUGCGAAUCGUCAUUGAAUUUUUCUAAUGGGCUGUAAAUGAAGAGCACCGUAUAUGGAUUUAGCCAUCCCAAGCUCAGGUGUUAGCAACUUUUAGGAAGCCAGGUAUCCUGCGGUUUAAUGCUUAUUUGGCUUAUCACCCAAAAAUUCAAUAACUUGUGCAUGAAAAUUCUGAAACAACCAAAGCACUUUGAAAAUGGAGGUACUUCAGCAGCUGUGUACGAACUGAAACAUCAAGCUAGGCUAACGCUAUAAGUCUGUUUCAACAUGUCUAUUCAGAUUAGGGAUGCGCCAGCUCCAUCUGUUCAGUUAUACUAGCCUUGAAGGAUUAAAUGAAUUUGAAGAGUUUUUACAAUAGUCCCAAAUCCCUAAUCAAUAGAUUUUUCAAAAGCGUUUGCAGUCAGAAUUGGCCUAGUAACAGGGUUUAGAGAGCAUCUAGUCGAAUUCAAUCAAUUAGAUGGCCAGAAAUCUUCCAACUUUGAAAAUCGGGCAACAUUAGAAAGAAUUUAUGGAAGUAAUAUUAAUAGGAUUUCGGUUCUAAGAUCUUUUAAGAGAAGCCUCUAUUGCUCUUCAGCAUCCAAGGUGUUUUUAGACUGCCUUAGUAACUUAAAAUUUGAAGGAUUCAGACUACUAAGGCUAAGGGGCUAAGAUAUUUCUUAGUUUUUAGUAUUCAAAUGCUCCAAAAUACUGACUCUGGGCGAAUAAGUUAAUCAAAAGGAGGCCUAUCGCAAGCCUGGAGACUUAGGAGUGGGCCAAUGUAUUUUCCAUUUUCAGACGAUUUUAGAUUCGAGAGAUAAGCCAUGGUGUAAGUUGCUAAAAAGUAUGAUUUGUACAUAGUAAUUUG